AUGAAGGAGGACGCCCAGGCAGGCCAGCAGAUUGCGGAUCCAAAAGAUCCGGAUGCCGCGGCGGCGCCAGAGGACGGGGAGGAAAACAGCCCCGCGGGAGAAUCGCCCAGGAAUGAAAACGAGAGCGACAGCGACGCAGGGUCGGAGGUGAGCGCCGAGGAUGGGGCCGACGCCUGCGUGGAAGAGGGCGGAAAGGCGGGCGGGUCGAAGAGGAAGAAAAAGAAGCGGAAGGCAAAAAGGCCAGGGGCAGCCAAGAUGUCAAAGGUCAUUCAGAACCUGCCCAACGAAAUGUGGAUCGACCUAGAAGGUUGCGAGCUUCGUGAUGCAGACGUCGUUCAGCUGGCAGGAGCCUUGAAGUCCAACUCAAGCGUAACGAUGAUUAAUUUGAGCAGCAAUGGCAUCACAGAUGGAGGCGCACAGGCACUUGCUGAUGUCAUAACUGCUGGUAGCCUGCCAGACCUCAUAUCAGUUGAUCUCAGAGGGAAUGACCUGACUCCUGAGGGUAUUAGAAUGCUGGAAGGGGUGUGCUCUUCCCAGAGGAAUCUGGCAGUCGAGCUGGGACCAAUGCCAGCAAAGGAGGCCGAGGUGGUGGCCCCUGUGCCAGAAAAGGAACAUGACAAGCAGGAGCCAUCAGUGAACCAUCAGCCAAAGCUGCCGGACGCCUGGGGAGAGGACGAUGGCGGUGUGAAAGUAGAGAAGACAGAUGAGGGGUGGCAGGUCCCGUCCAAGGAGAGGACAGCUGGGUGGCAUUUUACCAAUUCGGGCGGUCUGCAGCUCAGUGGCUCUCUCGGCAGGCAAAUCAUCGUCUUCACCAACGGGGAGCUCAGGCAGCAGAUGGUUUCAGGGACUGGUAAUAACCAGCAGCUGACGGCUGGCUGGCAGAAGGUGGAGCAGGAGGAGAGCAGCACUGAAGGGUCGUGGAACCAGACCUCCUGGAGGAGGUACCGGAGAUACUUCCGCAGGGACCCGCAUGACUGGAACUACAUACGCGACGAUGUGGACGCCAUGGUUGACCACACUGCCGAGGCUGAACUAGCAGCAGAGCUGUGGCAGAAGAUUGCAGAUUCUGUCAAAGUUCCUGGGCAGACACCACAGGCACUGUCCUCAGUGCUUACAGAAGCCGGACGACCCCUUGAGGCAGAAGUGGAGACAUUUCUGGCACCCAUUGGCCAGGGGGCUGUGGACUCGUCAAGGCCACACUUGGCUUGCGCAUCUGGACAUUUGGACACGUUGUCUGCCAUAUUUGAUGUCGAACCUCCACCUGCCACAUUUCAAAAUGGUGGCAGCCCACAGCCAGCUGUUGGCCUUCAUCGUUUGGCGGCAGCGGAGAUCGUGGCACUUCUGCUCUCCACCCACAGUGACAUCAUUAGUGAAAAGAUCGCCGCAUCGGGCUUGACCAGCAGGAUAGUGGGCCUGGCUGUACGCUCUCCCCACUGCAACGCCCUGCAGUGCACAGCUGCACGAGUAGUGCAGACCAUAAUAGAGAACAGGUCGGAGUCCUUGUUUAAAACUGUUUUUGAUGGCGAAAUGCUUGCGGGAAAGGGAGGCGAAGUGAGGGUUAUGGAGAAGCCGCUGCAAAAGUACAUAACUGAAAUUGGUGUGGAAGGGAGUGGCAUGCCUAUCGGGAAGAGAAAGUGUCAUGUGGGCAGCAUCGCAGCCUUGGCCAAGACCCUUGUGCAGAAUGGCACAGGAUCAGAAGCACAGUCCACAGGCACCAGUGGCGCUUUGUCAACUUGGUCUGUUCUGCGGGAUGUACUUGAGGCGGACGACGAUUGGAGCAAGUUCGUUUCCACCGGCGGUGCUCUGGACGCACUUGUGAAGGAGCAGAAUGGUGAGCUGUGCCCUCCAAGAGCUCGGUACUUCAACCCAUCAGAGGAAGCGGCAGAACCUUCCGGAAGCGCUGUUUACGAAGAGUGGAGUAGUCUCUAA